UACAAAUGUGAAUUGGCAACACUUUUGGUAUUCUGCAGAUUCGGAUAAAAAGAGAGAAUUCAACCUGAGCAUGAGUGGGGAAGGGUCGAUCUAUUUUGUUUUGUGAGAACGACUGUCUUUCUCAGGCUGCUCUCGAGACUUGAUACUCAGGCGAAAGUUGCGUCAUGGGCCAACUACAAGAGGAUCUCGCUCAUGACCCUCCAUGCCAUCCCCGAGCAUGUGCUAUCCAGGCGUGUCUGAGCAAAAAUUCUUACAAGGAGGAGAAGUGUCAAGCACAGAUAGAUGCACUCUACGAGUGUUGCAAUGCCUUCUACAAAGAACAUGGCGACGAUGCCAAAACUGCAAGUUGUCCAAAAGCCAGCCUUCUGAGGAUCAAAAUGAAGCAGCGAGGGCAGGCGUCUGGGUAAAAGUCGAUUGGAUGCCACCCCAAAGGUAAAUAGACGGGAUGGAGUGAGAUGUAAUGGUAAUGAUAUAGAUUUGGUAACUAGCGCAAGAAACACCGUGUGCCGAGUUUCAUAGCGACCAUGUGGUUCGAUGAGGAUGUAGAUGUACCAAUUCCUUUGCAGUCUGGACCCCCAUGCUGAAAUAGAUCAGGGCUGGACUAGUUGUAGAAACUGACGAGUUGCUAUAAGACAACCUUGAGCGCGGCUUCUGAACACUGAAGAGUACGGUCCGAGACUCUAAUGGUUGCCUAGAGACAUUUAAUAAAGAGAAAAGAGAAAAGGAAAGCAAAAUUCUGGC